UCCUCAGCCCCUGGCACCGGGCUGCCCCUCGGCGUGGCUCGGGCCCAGACACAAAGAUGGAGUGUCAGAAAAUCGUGGAUUUUGGAAACCAGCUUCUUCGGAGGAAAAAUGUGGACUGCACUCGAGAAGACAGCCGGCUCUCCCGAUGCCUCAACACUUUUGACUUGGUGGCUCUGGGUGUAGGCAGCACGCUGGGUGCAGGUGUCUAUGUGCUGGCUGGGGCUGUGGCACGGGAAAAUGCGGGGCCCGCCAUCGUUAUCUCCUUCCUUAUUGCUGCCUUGGCUUCAGUCCUGGCUGGACUCUGCUACGGAGAAUUCGGUGCUCGAGUUCCUAAGACAGGAUCGGCUUAUCUCUACAGCUAUGUGACCGUGGGUGAGCUGUGGGCCUUCAUCACAGGGUGGAAUUUAAUCCUCUCCUAUGUUAUUGGAACCUCAAGCGUGGCCAGAGCUUGGAGUGCGACGUUUGAUGAAAUUAUUGGCAAGCACAUUGAAGAAUUUUGUAAAAAAUACAUGACGAUGGAGGCUCCUGGAGUGCUAGCAAAAUACCCAGACAUCUUUGCUGUGGUGAUAAUUGUCAUCCUAACAGGGCUCUUGAUUUUUGGCGUGAAGGAAUCAGCCCUCGUGAACAAAGUGUUCACUUGCAUCAACAUCCUCGUCCUUGGCUUCGUCAUGGUCUCUGGCUUUGUGAAAGGAUCCAUUAAAAACUGGCAGCUGACUGAACAGGACAUUUACAACACCAGCCACAGCAUUUAUGGAGACAAUCAAACACAGGAAGAAAAGCUUUAUGGUGUUGGAGGGUUUAUGCCCUAUGGAUGGAAAGGAGUCCUCUCAGGAGCAGCUACAUGUUUUUAUGCUUUCGUGGGAUUUGACUGUAUUGCUACUACAGGUGAGGAGGUAAAAAACCCUCAGAAGGCCAUUCCUAUUGGCAUCGUGGCAUCUCUCCUCAUCUGCUUCGUGGCUUAUUUUGGAGUGUCAGCUGCCCUGACACUCAUGAUGCCUUACUACCAGCUGGAUACCAAUAGCCCUUUACCCAAUGCCUUUAAGUAUGUGGGUUGGGAUGGAGCCAAUUACGCAGUGGCUGUUGGAUCCUUGUGUGCACUUUCUACAAGUCUCCUUGGCUCCAUGUUUCCGAUGCCUCGGAUAAUUUAUGCUAUGGCAGAAGAUGGACUUCUCUUUAAAUUUUUGGCUAAAGUCAAUGAGAAGAGAAAAACUCCAAUAAUUGCAACAGUGACAUCAGGGGCCGUUGCAGCUGUUAUGGCCUUUCUCUUCGACUUGAAAGAUCUUGUGGAUCUCAUGUCCAUCGGGACCCUCCUGGCUUACUCCUUGGUGGCAGCCUGCGUGUUGGUACUGAGGUAUCAGCCAGAGCAGCCUAAUUUGGCAUAUCAGAUGGCUAGGACAACAGAGGAUAACAAUGAGUCUGUGAGCACCAGUGAGUCGCAGACUGGAUUUUUGCCAGAGGAAGAGGAGAAGUGUUCCCUCAAAGCCAUACUGUGUCCCCCAAACUCAGACCCUUCCAAAUUCUCAGGCUCAGUAGUGAAUGUCUCAGCCUUCAUCAUUGGUUUCCUUAUUGUGGGUAGCUGUAUCUUGACUGCCCUUGAGCCAAGCAUUCUGAUAAAAACUCUAUGGAUUAUUGCUGCCAUCCUUGUUCUCAUUGUCAGCUUUGUUAUAUGGAAACAGCCUGAAAGCAAAACCAAGCUUUCCUUUAAGGUACCUCUUUUGCCCCUUCUUCCUGUUGUGAGUAUUUUUGUGAAUGUUUACCUCAUGAUGCAGCUAGACCUAGGCACGUGGAUACGGUUUGCAGUCUGGAUGCUCAUAGUGUUCCCCAGCUAAGUUCACUACUCUAAAAAAGGCUAACUAAAGCACCAGGAAGGUUGGCCAUGCCCAUGUAGUGCCACUGACUUAAAUUCAUGCUUCAGCUUUACUGAAAAACAAAUAACAGAAUCAGGAGUGGUUUGUGUU